AUGUUGUCAAUGCACACUACUGUAAUUGACAGUGUGGAUACGAGUAACAGCAUUGAAGACGAUGAAAUCAGUACGCAGAAUGAUAUUGACGGCUUGCCUUUAUUGGACCUCCCUCAAACUCUGGAAGAUUUUGAUGAUGAAGGUAAUGGAGUGAUAUCAAUGGAAGAUUUUCAUACAAUUCUCAAUCACUAUGGUCUGAAGAAUGAAUUAGAUUCUCACAAAUUGGGUCGUUUGAAAUCGACAAUUGACGACAACCGAGAUGGAUAUAUAAGCUAUCAGGAGUUUGUUAAUGUGAUGAGUGAAAAGCGAACCCUUAGUUUCUCAAUCGCGGUACGAGAUAAAGAUUUUGAAGAGCAUGGGCAGUCCAGAUAUGAUCAGUUAUCUGUUAGACAAAAAGUACUGAAGAGAGUUGCUGACGAGAUAUUAACGAAUAGCUACGACCGAAAGAACUAUAUUGAUGGUUAUAGUUGCUGCCCACCUCCUGUUUUUAUGAUUCUUAUAAGUAUUAUAGAGAUAAGUAUUUACAUCUACUAUGCAAAGAACACCACGGUAUCUUUCGACUACCUGACAGGGCCAGUCCCAGUUGACAGUCCAUUUCUAUAUAAGCCAUCAAAACGAUUGGAACUCUGGAGAUUUUUUACCUAUAUGCUUAUACAUGCUGGUUUGGAGCAUCUUAUUAUUAAUGUGACUAUACAGUUAAUACUAGGAGUACCACUAGAAAUGGUACAUGGCGCUGCCAGAGUUGGAAGUAUUUAUUUUGUGGGAGUAUUAGCAGGCUCCCUAGGUACAUCAGUUUUUGAUAUGCAUAUCUAUUUGUGUGGUGCAUCAGGUGGGAUGUAUGCAUUAUUGGCUGGGCAUUUAGCAAAUGUUGUACUGAACUUUUCAGAAAUGCCUUUUGGUAUUUUAAGAGUCAUAUGUCUGUUUAUUAUUGCAAGUCUAGAUGUUGGAUUUGCAAUCUGGAGGCGGUACACAGACAGGGGGAUACCAACAGCGUAUGUUCCACAUUUCACUGGAUCAAUCACAGGUGCCACAAUCGGACUCCUCAUCCUCAAGAACUUUGAUCAGAAACUUCAUGAACGUUUUAUGAUUUGGGUUGCUAUGGCCGUCUACAUCAUCUGUAUCAUUUUCACAGUUUUCUGGAACAUUUUUUAUAAUCCCGAAAAAGAUGAAGAGACAUGA